AUGAGUAGAAGUAAACUUUCAGAUUUCAACGCAGGGGAAUCCUACCAACACUUGGGAUCCAAAUGCUUCCACUCCACGCCUCUAACAAAUAUUAAGUGGAAGGUACAUCCGAUGGUGAUUUUUACGAUUUUGGAUUCUUAUAUGAGGCGAGAAGAUGGACAAUACAAUGUUAUUGGUACUCUUUUAGGAGUUGUUUGCGAAGCUAACACAGUUGAAAUCACAGAUUCCUUCGUUGAUAGACAUUCCCUAACUGACGAGGGGCUAUUGCAAAUUAUAAAAGAUCAUCACGAAAAUAUGUACGAACUAAAACAAAAAAUUAAUCCAAAGGAACAAGUAGUUGGAUGGUUUUGUACUGGGUCUGAGAUGACUGAACUGACCUGUGCAGUACAUGGAUGGUUUAAACAGUUCAACUCAGUGUCAAAGUUUUACCCAAACCCUAACCUCUAUGAACCAAUACACUUGCUAGUUGACGCAUCCUGUGACAGUGCGUCAAUGAUGAUCAAGGCCUACGUUCAACUACCACUGACAAUCACAAAAGAUGCUUGCUUCCAGUUCCAUGAAGUCGAUUUAGAGCUCUUGGUCUCCCCGUCAGAUACAGCAGGAAUUUCAUACCUGCUAAAGUCGCUAGAUAACUCGAAAAGUAGGAACCCACAUAACUCAGAUACUCUACUCCCGAACACAUUCGAAAACUCUCUGCUAAAGCUUAAGGACCUUAUUGAUAAGUGUAUAAAACUAGUGGAAAACGCAAUGGAAAAGGGUAAUUCUAAAAUAUACCCAGAAGUGGGAAGGUUCCUGCUAAAGACAGUGUCGACGGAGAAGCUCAUGAACCUGAAAAAGAUAGAGAAAAUAUGCGAACUUUCACUCCAGGAUAACCUCAUGGUAACCGUAAAAAUUCAUAUUUGGUGCAGAUCGCCUACCUGGCAAACCUGGCAAACCUACAAUUCGCGCUCUCUGAGCACCUAA